UGAGUUCGUAAAGUUAUUGAUAUUUUCAUACUAAUACUGUUAAAUUACUGUCUGGGUGAUAAUGUUAAAUUAACAAGUUUUCGCUUAGUAAAAAAGUUGUUUCAAUCAAAAUGUAUCCGAAAUUGGUGACCUUUGGUAACGUUUUGUUAGAUUUCACCUAUAACAUCGAACGGAAUCCCGGUAUUUUGUCGAAAUACGGCAUUCUUGAUCCAAAUGGACUAGGUGAAUUUUCAUCGGAGACAUUAUCAGCAGUGGCAAAUGAUGCAAAUCAAACGUGUGACUUUCUUUCAUCACAAACGGGUGGAUCGGCACUAAAUACAUCAAAAUCUUUGUUACUUCUUGGUGAAUCGGAGAUUGUAUUUUGUGGUGCAAUCGGAAAUGAUUCGAAUGGUGCAUUAGUAAGGCGAAAUUUGGAAGAAAUUCAUUUGAAAACCUGUUUGCAAGUUAUCAAAGACCAUCCAACCGGAACGUGUGUUUGUUUAAUCAACAAAGAGAAUAGAUGUUGCUAUGCAAAUAUUGGUGCUUCAAUUCACAUCGAUAGAGAGUAUUUGCAAUGUCAACGUUUAUACGAACAACAAUCUAAUCCCGAAGCUAAGAGUCAAAUUUACUACAUUGAGGGUUUUUUCAUAACCGGUCAUCGAUUUUCCGUGUGUAAAUACAUCGUUGAUGAAGUAUGUCGAACAUCAAAUGGCUUAAGAAGGUUUGCGACAAAUUUAAGCGCGGGAUAUCUAAUCACAAAGCAUCCUCAAGAAAUGAAAUUUCUCGCCGAAAAUGCGUCUAUUUUGUUUGGAAACUACGAUGAAUUCAGCAAAUUGGCCGAGAUCUUUCGAUUGUCUAGUACCGAAGCAGUAAUCACUCAUUUGAUUGAAACCAAACCAAAAGAAAUUGAGGACAAAAUAAUCAUUUGCACACAAGGUGCCGAGAAAAUUCUAUAUUCGUCCAGUUCACAAAUGUUUAUAAAUAAGGAAUUUCAUUUUGAGUCCGUGCCAAAGGACAGAAUAAUUGAUACGACUGGUUGUGGUGAUGCAUUCGUUGCCGGUUUCUUUUAUGCAUUUCUAAAAAAUGAAUCAACACCGAAUUGUGUUGCGAAAGGUGUCGAUGUUGCACAAAGAAAACUUACCUCAAUCGGUGGCACAUUAUCCGAUAGUAAAUAAUAUUCAAUUCACCUAGAACAUACCUUUCACACAGAAAAGUGUGGAAAAAUAAGAAAAUGUUUGUCAAGCAAUAAAAAAACCAAAUAAAUGUUCAUGAUUUAGUUUAUCUUUC